CUUUAUAAUUUUCAUUGCAUCGAUUUCCACCUUGGCAAGCGAAUUAAUUUAACUCUGCGAAAAUGUUCCAAAACAGUGCUGCUCGUCUCCUGGUUCCUGCGAUCCGUGGUGCCAUUCAAAGGAGAUCCCAGUCCGUUGUGUCUGGCCCACCCACAAAACACGUCUCUUCAGCCGAAAAACUUAUCCUUGGAGGUGGUAUGUGCGCUGCGUCAUUGUUCAUACCCGCCUGGGUCUUGUAUCACAUCCGUGACUACAAGGGUGACAAGUAAGCUGAGAGUGUCCAUCUAGACGACGUUAAAAAAAUCUGUAGAUAUAAACUGUUUCUUAAAUAGUUUAACGUCAAUAGAAAAAUAAACUAAAUUAACCUUCGAA